AGAACUAUCGAAAGCUCUUAAAAAAAGGAAAAUUUCCAACGAGGCUCAAAACCUUAUCCUGUUCGUCGGUGACGGUAUGGGGGGCCUAACCACAUCCACUGUCGCCAGGAUAUACGGCAAAUGCGAGUCCGGCCGUUUAGCCUGGGAAACGUUUGACAACUUGGGUGUCUUAAAAAUUUAUUCGGCAAACAAGUUGGUGCCGGACUCGUGUAGCACCGCCACUGCCAUGUUUACCGGUAUAAAAGCGAACCACAAAACCGCCGGCGUAGAUUGGACGGUGGCCGUGGACGAUUACGCCGCCUCCCGUAAGAAACCCGCCCAAGUAGAGAGUUUUAUUAAUUGGGCCCAAACGGCCGGAAAAGCCACAGGUAUUUUCCCCGAACCUCUUCGGCACAUUUUAGUAUGUCGCGUUUGUAGGUUUCAUCACCACCACCAGGGUAACACAUGCCAUGCCCAGCGCUCUCUACGCGCACACGCCUAACAGAAGUUGGGAAUGCGAAGCUAAUAUACCACAGGACGCAGCUGAUUGUGACGAUAUCGCUUGGCAGCUGGUUAACAACAGCC